UUCCCAAGCGUCGGUCGGUGACGGUUGGCGGCAGUUGCGGCGAUGGCGAUGGCGGCGGCGGUGGUGGUGCUGCUGCUGCUGUGCGCGGCCGCGCUGCCGGCCCGCGGGGCGCUGCCGCCGCCGGAGGAGGCGGCGCGGGUGGCGCGCGUGGUGCUGCACAGCUGCGACUGGGGCGCGCUGGCCACGCUGUCGGCGCAGGACGGGCUGCGCGGCCACCCCUUCGCCAACGUCUUCUCCCUCAGCGACGGCGCGCCCGGGCCCGGCGGCGGCAGCGGCGUCCCCUACCUGUACCUCACCGACAUGGAGAUCUCCGUCAGGGACCUGCGGGUCAAUUCAAAUGCCUCCUUAACUGUGUCUUUGGCACAGACUCCUUACUGCAAGAAGCACAAAUAUGAUCCCCAGAAUCCCCUCUGCGCCCACAUAAUCUUCUGUGGGAGUGUUGUAAAGGUGAAUGAUUCAGAAGCGGCUGUAGCGAAAAAAGCGUUAUUCAGUCGGCACCCUGAAAUGGAAAGUUGGCCUAAGGAUCACGAUUGGUUCUUUGCCAAAUUCAACAUCACCAAUAUUUGGGUACUGGACUACUUCGGUGGACUGAAAAUUGUGACACCAGAAGAGUAUUACAGUGUCAAGCCUUAGUAAGUAGAGGAAGAUCCUUGGUGAUGGUGAUAGUACAAAUGAAGUACUUUGGAUGACCGUUUCAUGAGAUAUUUCUUUUUCCUACGUAUUGCAGAGCUGAAUUAAUAAUGCAAAAAGUCAAACACCUUGCAUUGUUAAUGAGCUUGUGUAACCCUUCUGAAACAAAUGUGAAUUUGCCCUACCUAGCACAGGUUGAAUCAUGUCAUACUCAAAAUACUUUGUGCAUAAGCAAUAAGUAAAUUGUAUUCAUUAGACAUGAAUCUGGGAAGUUAUCUGUCCUUUGAAAGUCUGCAUUUAGAAAGGAUGUGUUUACUGGAAACUAAAGGAUUAGUCCAGUUCUACGCUUCCAGUGCCUUAGUUAAAUCACAUCUGUUUGCAGGCACUCCGGUUUUAUUCUAUUUUUAAUAUCAGUUUAUUUUAGAUCUUUAUGGCAAAGUACUACAGGAUGGCUCAGGUGACUUUGGAAUAGAAAGCAUUGUUUGUGUUGCAGUGAUGAAUGAUAUGUUGAGUUCUAAAUUCUAUAAGAUUUUUUUUUCAUGCACUUAUACACUCAUAAUUUGAGCUGUUUUUCUGGUUUGCAACCUGUAUUGAAGGUGCUAUUGAAUAUGAAUGUGUUUAUACAAAUUGUGCAUGUACCUCAGGCUUUUGAUAAGUUCUUGGUAAGUCUUUGGCUGGUAGUGGUUAUGUACCCUGACUUUAAAAGAAGUGUUAGUAGUAGAAAUAAUGAAAAUAUCUGACUUCAGUAUAUCAAGAGCAGUGGCUUGUAAGUUCAAUGAUGCUGAUGUAAAAAGAAAUUGCUUACUGAUUUGGAUUUUGAAAUCUUCAGCUUUCUUAAUCCGAUCAAAUAGCAAUGUAACAGCUUUUACUACCUUCAGCUGUAGAACUGAGCAGAUUUGUUUCUUUGGAAGCCUUAUGCAACAAUUUUAGGUCUGUAACCCAGAAGUGAGAAAGAAACUAGUACAGUAUGACACAUGAUUCAGCACUUGCAGAGAAUGAAAAUUAAUGAAAGGUGUGGAAAAUUAAUUCUCUGUUUCUUAAAAUAAGCCCCACACAACCAUGAAAAAAAACUAACACCUCUUUAUGUUCUGUCACAUCUCCCAAGUGCUAAGUUCACAAAUAUCCAAAAGCAAUUAUGAACAAUUAAGUUAGAUUUGCCUGUGGUAAAUUUAUCUACUUGACAGAGUAAAGAAUGUGAAAACUUAGUGUCCUUAAAGGCAGAUCCACAUUGUAGAACAGUGGAUUUGGACAGAUCAAAUCAUCUCUACGUCUUAACGUCAUCAUUAUACUGCUACUUAUCUCAAGUACUGGAAAGAUUUAUGAAAGCCUUUUUGAAAUAGCUUACAAGAUUUUCCUUCUCUGCAAGGGGAAAAAUGGUACUUUUUGCUAUAUUGAACACAUUCUGUGCUACUACUUAGAUUAAUUCAAAAUUAGAAUAUGGAAACAAUUUAUGUUGAAUAGGUAACACUGAAAUUAAAUAAGAUAAUGGAAAUAUUUUUAUAUAAGGUUAUUUUUAUUGAUGAAAAGUGUGGAAACUCAAAUGAUCCUAUGGUAUGGACUCGAUCCUUUCCAUGGGGACACUGGCAUGUAUUACCUGUAACUCCGUAACUUCUGAUGUACGAGAUUGAUGAUGCUGGGCUUUUGGCGAAAUUAAACUAUUUCUAUGACAAA